AUGUUCUUGACCCGGCUCAAGACCGGAAAAACGACUGAUACAAAUGGCUUCUACACAACACCAAGAGAGCCAAAUGCUAUAAAGGCGUUGCAAGAACCGGGCUUUGAUAAUCCACCGGUUUGUCCGAUUGGACCGUUGGUUAACAAUGGUAAUCAAGAAGGUAACCGGGUUGAACCUGGCGGUACACUCACAUGCGAGCAACUUAAUGAGCUAGCUCUUGGUCUUGUGGAUAGUGAGCAACGGUUUCUUUGGGUUAUACGAAGUCCGAGUGGGGCUGCAAAUUCUUCCUUUUUCAAUUCGCAUAGCCAUACCGAUCCAUUAACAUUUUUACCACCCGAUUUUUUAGAACGGACUAAAGACAAAGGUUUUGUGAUCCCUUCUUGGGCUCCACAAGCUGAAGUUUUAGCACAUCCGUCAACUGGAGGGUUUUUGAAUCAUUGUGGAUGGAAUUCGACUCUAGAAAAUAUCAGUGUAGCGCUUAGGGCUCGUGCGGGGGACGAUGGGGUGGUGAGAAGAGAAGAGGUAGCUAGAGUUGUGAAGGGAUUAAUGGAAGGUGAAGAAGGUAAAAGAGUGAGGAAUAAAAUGAAAAUGAUGAAAGAAGGAGCUUGUAGGGUGUUGACAGAUGAUGGAUCCUCUACAAAGGCACUUAGUCAGUUAGUCUUGUGA